UCAGGGUGUGUGUGUGGUGUUGACUUUUCAACGUUUAUUCAUGUCUGCUGCCUCAUUCACUCCCACACCAGCACUAAAACAUCAGCAGGACUGACACUGUAAACCGCUUUAGCGGUUCUUUUGUUACCACGACUAACCGAGUCGAGUUUAUUCGCCUGUCAACGACACGUGCUGACUCGCUGUGCUGGUAUGCUGUACAGCUGACAUGUUUGUUCGACGCUCCUGUAUCUCCACAUAUGUUUUAAUCUGUCAGGAAUAUUCUUGCAGCCUCGCACGAGUUGAUCAUUGACUUCGACUCCUCCCAAACAAACUUCCUCAAACUCUCAGUGCGAUCUGUUACAGCGCAGAAAUGGAGAUCACACUCAGUUCGGAAGCGUUUUGGCCUCUCGAGUCUUUUUAGAUGUUUGCUUCGUUUCCUCACGAUGUCCGAUCUGAAGAGGCAGAUGUCCUGGCACGAGGAUUUCGCCAGAAACAUUUCCAGAUUCUUUUCCAGAAAUAAAUCCGCGGACAGCGAGAGCAAUGAAAGUGAGGUCAGAGAGACGGAUGGAUCCGCCGGAGUCGCCUGCAGCGCUGAGCCAGAUCCUCAUCCAACACCUGAGCAGCACCUGAACGCAGCAGCAGCACAGGAGUCGCAGCCGUCUGACGUGCCGGACGGAAACACAGCGUCACCGACGGAGGACGGAUCGAGAGGGGAUGCCGGGGGCCCGGCUCCUCCGAGCGCCUCCACCGCGCCCCCUGCAGACGGCUUCCUCAGACGCCUGGGCAGCCUGUUCCAUUUCAGCCGGGCGGAACCGGCCGGAGUCCAGCGAGAGAGACGGAGCGACGCGGACGGCAGCAGUCUGACUACAGGACAGAGAGACACGCAAACUAGCGCAGAGACACAGGAGAGCGGAGGAGGGGCGGGACCGGCCGAGGAACCGUCUGUGUGUCGUUCAGAGCUCACACACACACCUUCAGAGGAGCAGACUGAGGAAGAUAGGAGUGAUGCCGUAAACAUCGAUGCCAAAGAGUGCUUGGAGGACAAGAGACGUUAUGAUCUAGCCUGUCCUCCUGUAGUGACUUACGGCACGUACCGUGGAUUGAGGGAAGUCAGGAAACCAAAGAAGAAGCAUCGCGUCGAGCUUCAUUCGCCAAUCUCUGAGGGAGAAGAGGCUACACAACCCGACGGCCAUGAGGACAAAGAGAUUUCCUCUUGCGCCGUAAACACCAUGAGCUCUGAUGGUCAGGAAAAUCCCACUGCCGCAUCUUCUUCACAGACACAGCAGGUAGACGUCGCGUCGGCACAGAGUGUCUUAUCAGACCAGGUUUCCGCUGUUGAAUCGGAACUAACUCCAGCACACCAACUCCCUGAUGUUGCAGGCUCUGGUUCGUUGCUUACCUGCGUAGAGACGGACUCGGCCUUCCAAAGUACUCAAGCGGAACAGAGUCCACCGAAUGACCCGGUUAAGAGCGGACCUGAGCAUCUCGAGAACGCUGCGCUAGAGACGUCAUCAGGCGACAAUGAAGAUCUUAUGGUUUCAGUCAUCAACAUAGACCAUCACGACGCGGUUCCCGCUCAAGAGCAGAGCUCAAAGCAACAAAAGCCAUCUUUAAUUGCAGACAGAACAGAUGGUCUAGCCCCUGAUUCUCAGACGUGCUGGACUCUUGAGGACGUUCAGCUGAAACGGGCUGGGGUGGAUUCUGGGAUGGAUGAAGAGGUCCUGCGAAUGGAGUCUAAAAAGAUGGUGGAUAGCAUCCUGACAAAUGCCGUCGCUGCCCUGCACAAGAUGGACGCAUCUGAGACGGAGCCUGGCGUCCUGUUAACUUGCAAACCUAACGAAGGCUCAGAGGCACUGCUGUUUGAAGAUGGUCGUGGAGAUGGAGGCACUAACGCAGAGCAUCAGUUUCGCGGGAUGUUGACAGACCACACGCUGUCUGUUGUUCUCGAGGAAACACUAGGAGGCCACGUGGACUGCAGCAGGUCGCCGCCUUCCUCAGGGUACGAGUCAAUCGCUGGCUCUGACACGGACAUCAGGUGCAUCGUGGGCGUGGCCUCUGAUGUCACCGCUACCAGCGGUCCAAUCGGCUCUCAGAAUGAGAAUCAGGCCAUUCUUGAAUAUCUCUUUGAAGAAAAGGAGGAUGCAACUGCUUCCCAUAAGAGCAGUGGGAGAAACUCUCUGCUCAGUGCUGCUGCUGCUGAUGAGCUAUUAUCCCCAAAUGUCCACAGUCAUAAGGAGGAGUCUCUCUGGGAUGAGCAGCACACGGGUGACGUCUCCAUAUGCGAAGCGGAGUGGGUUAGAGGGGAAGAGAGACCUCAGGAUACAGCCAAAGACAAUGCAACGAGCAAUAACUGUAGACUCAGCCUGAAUGGUUCUUGUGGCACUGCUCCAUCAGGCCAUCAGGAGAGUCCACGACAAAGCCAAACUCUCAGUGUAAUGGGAAAGUCAGAACCUGUUAACCGCAGUCUUUCACCUGAUAUGACGGAUUUGGAUAUGAUGUCAGGAAUCACACAGCAGCCACCAGCUACACAAAGCCAUAAAUCUGAGCAGUCUGAAGCACCUUCUUCAGGCAGUGAAGAGCAGGUCUGCCAAGUGUCUCGGGCUGGAAUAGAUUCACGUGUCUUGCCAUCCGUGGGUGAAGUCCAAUAUUCUGGAGGGCUCCAUCCUUCUCAGUGGGCCUCGGUUCGAGCGGUCUGCUGCGAAGUCACCGAAGACCAAAGCCUGAGCCCUGCGGCGCUUGACGAGCAUUUCAAGACAGAGCUCAGCGUGAAUCGAGCAGAUGCUGGAACGUCAGUCGUGUCAGUUUCAGGCCGUAGAAUUCACCUUGACCCCGUGGACAGUUCCAGCAGAACUGCGGCCGUUGUUCCCCAACACUCCCGAUUUCACGAUCUUGAUCUCCACCAGGUCGACGGAGGCUUCGCCAUCAUCAGCGAGGAGGAAGAGAGUGACAUGGUGUUCGUGAACGAUACGGGGCCCAUGCACAGUCCCAGCACGCGUCGAGCCAAAGCAUACCCUUUCUCCUUGUCCCCCAUCUACGAGGAGGAGUUUGGCCGUGAGGAGGCUUCAGGGCCGGAGACACUGCAGGUUCCUCCAGCUACAGAAGAGGAGCAGAGGAGCGUGGAGCAGCCGGCGUCGUCCAUCCUCUCCCUCCUGCAGUCGGUCAGCGAAAAGCUGCAGUCCAGUGUGAUCUGCAGUUCAGUCGAGGAGUCCGUCCAGGCACCGCAGAGCAAUCGCUACUCCUGCGGAGACGACAGUGAGGACGAUGAUGAGAACCCCAGCAUUCUACAGAGCCACCAGCUCACUGCGGCCGAACCGGAACACGAGACUGCUAGUGACACUCCGGACGGAAUGCAGGAGGAACGGGACUGUGACGGCACGCUGGGUAACGUCGGAAAGAAUGCCGAUACGCCUUUCUAUCAGUACUUGAAGUCUAGGAUAAUGCCAUCAGGUGAUGAAGAAUCUGAAGACACUGAAUGCAUGUGUCCUAGUGCAGGCAACACAGUGGUUACGGGAGAGAUCGGAGGGUUUGGAAAGGUCAACCCUAGACCUACAGCAGUGCUCAUCUACGAGAGUCAGUCGCUGAGCGGCGAGAGAAGACAAAUCUGCGAUGACGUGGAGGAUGCUGGGAGGGAUCUGUUUGCUCACAGAGGAACGCUUCAUGCGCUGAGAGGAUGUUGGCUGCUCUAUGUGGAUCCGUGGUACCGUGGCUCGUGUGUUCUUCUGGAGGAGGGUCAGACUGUGAAGACCAGCGGAGGAUCUCAGCAGGACCUGAAGGAGACCACAGAGCCCAACAGGCCUGAUCUCGGUGACGCGCUGUCUGUGGGCUCCCUCCGGACGCUGCUGAAGGACGACAGUGUUCCAGAGAUCCAUCUGUAUCCCAGCUCCUCUCAGACCCUCCGUCUGUAUUCCGCGACAGACCUGACGGAGCGGCGCGGCCCCGUGCUCCUCUCUGAGCUCUGCGUCAGGACCGGAUGCUGGUUGGUUUGCGAGCAGCCUGGAUUCAGCGGCAGAUCCGCCGUUCUGGAAACAGACGCGAGAGCCACGCCGCUGCUCCAGAACACCCUCCUGUCCUGCGUGAAGAGUCUCCGGCCGUUAAAAAUGGGUGGGCUGCGGGUGACGAGGCCGUUGGACCCAAAGGUGGUGUUGUUCGAGAAGCCUCAGUUCCAGGGUCUGUUCAGGGAGCUGCCGGAUCACGAUCCCCGUCUGACGGACUCCGCUUCAUCUCUGCGCGUCACGGGUGGGAUAUGGGUGGCGUUCUCCAGUGAAGGGUUCAGAGGUCAUCAGUGCGUGCUGGAGGAGGGUGAAUAUGCCGACUGUACACGACUGUUUGGCGGGACGGAGCUGUCGAUCCAGUCGCUGCGCUGCAUUCAGACCGAUUUCCUGGAGCCGGCAGUGAGUCGGAAGAUCUCUGAUGAGGAAAUCGACAUUCAUCAGGAGAUUCCUGAUCUGCAGGAAACCGACGGCAUCUCCGUGAAGAGCGGAGCGUGGGUUGCGUACAGUGAGAGGUGUUUCACGGGACAGCAGUACGUUCUAGAGAAAGGCCGUUAUCCGGGGCUGCUGGAUUGGGGCGACGGACGGAGCUCGGCUCGCUCGUUGCGGCCCGUUCACAGGGACGUCUGUCGGAUGGUGGAACCAAAGUUUUUGCUGCGUGUCUACAGCCGGACGCGGUACGGCGGCGAGAGCCGAGAGUUUGAGAGCGACGUUCCCGACUGUGGCGUUCCAGCUGUUGCGUCGUUGCGGGUGAUCCGGGGAAGUUGGCUGCUGUUUGAUGAGGAGCGUUACUCUGGUAACCAGUAUAUCCUGGGGGAGGGGCUUUACCCUGAUCUCACUUCCUGUGGCUGCACAUCAACAGCCAUCAAGUCUUUAAAGCCCAUUCCAUACAGUUUCGCAGAGCCGUCCGUGAGUCUGUUUUCUCUCAGCGGUUUUAAGGGGCUUGAAGAAACCGUGUGUUCAGACUCGGAGAACCUGAGCCGCCACUUCAUCCAGUCUGUGAGAGUCCACAGCGGCCUGUGGGUGGCGUACGAAUACGCUCGUUUUAAGGGCCGUCAGAUGCUGCUGAAGCCGGGAGGAUAUCCGGUUUGGGUGGAACACAGCGGCUGGGAUACGAUCGGGUCACUGAAGCCUCUCAAACAGCCCAAAGCGUUCGUCCAGCUGCGGAGCCGCGCUCUGGGUUCGGUUCUGACCAGCGAAAGCGUUUCAGACGGGUCCUUUCCAGCCAAACUCUUCCUGAGUCCCGCCGAUCGAUCGCUGGACACGCAGCGCUGGAUCUUCACUGACGGCCUCCUGAAGAACAUGGCGCAGAGGGGCUGUCUGUCUGUGAUCGGGGCCAAGGCCUGUGCCGGAGCCCCAGUGGCAUUAUGGGAAGAGCACGGGCGCGUCAACCAGCGCUGGAGUCUCAAUGAGGAUGGAAGCAUCUGCUCUCAUUUAAAUCGCAGCCUGGCACUGGACCUCAAAGGUGGAUGCGGCGCUGACCGAGAUCAUCUGAUCCUGAGAGAGCUUCACGCCGGCAGCGCCAGUCAGACCUGGGACGUCGAUGUGCUGUGAUAUGGACACGAUUGCACGCGAGCGUAUCAGGGACUGAAGCCAAACUGAGAUCAGAACCAAUCGUUUAACUACAAGCCAAUAACUGAUCCUAGGCCGUUUUCUGGGAACAGGCGGUCUGGUCCUGUUUUAAACUGCACUGUGAAAGCGGAGGAACCAGAGGAACGAGGCUCUGCGUGUUUGUUUUUAUCCCGUGAAGCACAUUUGCACUAGCAGAAACCUCAUGUGCGUUCUGCAGAUGUUCAGGUGAAGUCACGCUGGAGUCGUCCUUUAAUCUGCCGCCAAACAGUCACAGAUACCUUUUGUGUCGGCUCGAGCUGUAGCGUCACGCCGAUGAACGCGUUCAGACGGUCUGCGUUAAACUUAGUCAUGUCACUGGAGUCCUUCAGGAACACUAACGUGUGCUCAGAGUCGCACAUAUGUAAUGUGUACGGCGGUGUUCACGAGCAGCAUUUUUAAAAGAACCUCAACAAUAAAUGUAAAUUGUAAAAUG